AUGGGGAAUGUGACAGAGAGUAGCAAUACGAGUGCAGCGAAAAGCAGUGAUAUGUGGGCGUGUAGAAUGAAGCUAACAACGGAUUGCAUGAGGUGGGAUAGCCUCAAGAUCUCACCUAAGGAGUUUGAAGAAAGCGUGCUAGGGCAAAUGAAUGAAAGCAGCCGCAAAGCUUUAGAGUCAUGGAUUCCGGUGAACAUCCUGAUUUAUGAUGUUGAUAAUGGUGAAACUUAUGAUACUAGGUUGUUCAAGAAAGAGUCUUUUUGGUUUGAUCCUAUGCCUGUGUCGGGUGAAAGGCCAAGGAAGGGUGAAUCCAUGAAGGAGCCACCUUGUUACAAUCUGGAGAAGGCAAGGGAAGUGUUUGCUUAUUCUAUUCAGCCUUUCAGACACAUCAUAAGGAAAAGAGAUCUCAAAUACGAUCAAGAAAUUGGACUUCGCUACUGUGGUGGCAAUGUGGUUGUUGCAUUCGAGUUUUCAGUUCUGCAUUCUCCACCUUUGGAUGUUCGUAGCUUAAGACCUUAA